CUACAUCUGCUGUAACACAAAGCCAUGGCUGCUGGAUCCUCAUCAAAGACAACUGGAGACUCACCUCAUCUGUCAGAGAUCAGAGUUGUGCUCUUGGGAAAUGAAGUUGACAAGAGCAAAGUGGUCAAAUCCAUCCUGGGCUGCAGGGAUCUUACGGGAGAGAACGUGGGUCAGUGUAUGUUAUAUGAAGGUGACCAGGCUGGAAGGAAGAUCAGUGUUGUGGAAGCACCAGGAUGGAACUCAAUGCAGCAAACACCAGAAAGCAUUAAGAAAUCAAUCAGAAGAAGCGUGUCUCUGAAUCCUCCAGGACCUCACGCUCUGCUUCUGGUCAUUCCUGUGAAGAGAAAUGAAGUGCCUUCUACAGGUGAUAUUAAAGCAGAGAUGCACAUGGAGUUACUGUCGGAGCGCAUCUGGAAACACACCAUCGUCCUGUUCGCUUGUGAUGAAGGAGUGGGAGAGUUUGCCGUCAAAGCUUACAUUCCGAAAGCAAAGAAAAUCCUGGAGAAGUGCAAAGGCCGAACUUACGUUCUUGAGAGAGAUAGUAAGAUCAGUGAGCUUCUUCAAAAGAUAGAAGAUCUGGUGGAGGAGAACUGUGGUGAUGUAUUCAUACCACAGACGUACUAUGAACUGUUUGAGUGGAAGAGAGUAGAUCUCCGUCGCAGACGGAGAAGUUUAGAGUGGAAUCCUCCUGACAUGACCAAAGGGAAGCCCGACUUUGUGAAUGAGCCACAAGCACUUUUGAUGCAUUACUUCAAACCCAUCUCAGUGAUAGCGCUGGCUGUAUUCGGAGCGCUUCUCGGCGCAGUCACUGGAGCUGAAUAUGGAGUUUCGGGAGCUGGUGCUGGAUUACUUUUGGGAAGCAUUCUAGCAGUUUUCCUUGCCUUCUUGAUCUUUGAAGUAACAGAAAACAGGACCAAUUAG